GCAGGCGCGCAGUGAGCGCCGCCGCCGCCGCCCGAGCCGCGGCCGGAGCCGAGCAGGGAGCGCGGGCGGCGCCGGGAGGCCAUGCGGGCGCUGCGGUGGAAGGCGCGGGCGGCGCUGCUGUACUCGCUGGGCGGCUGGACGACGCUGGGCGCCCUGAUGUACUACAGCUCCAAGGACGGCGACGCUGGCGGCGGCUCCGAGAAUGAAAGUGACCCUCAAGCAAAGCAAGCACCCCGGACAGAAGUGUUCACUAGAGACACCUUAGGAUUUCACGUGACAACUGUAAUAACAUACAAAGAAACUCAUCCUCCUCUGACUCGACUGCUCAGGCGUCUGGUGUCCUUCUUUGAUCCUACUGAUGAUCCUCCUUCUGACAACUGAGUGCUCCAGGAGCUCAUCAGGACCUUGUGCCAGAGUGGCUGCUCCAAGGAGGUGGUGCUGGCAUGUGGCACCAGCCCACUGGUGGAAAGCUUCCUUUUGGCAUUGCUGAAAGAGCAGCUUCAUCUCUGGCCUUGCAGAACUUCCACACCUCCUCUGCUUGGGCCACUGCUGUUCUUUGGACGUGCAGUCAAACUGCCACACGUGAGCUGGGUUUGAGCUGGUGUUGAUGGAGCUGUGCGCUGCCUGGUGUCUCCUGUCCAACAGGGCGACCCUAGUGGCUGUGGUGGGUUGUUAUGAAGUCGAUUUUCCAGCUGGCAUGAGUCAGGAUGUACCAGAAGAGCUCCUCCACUGGCCAGCUCUGAAACAGCUAGGUGCAGACUGAUUAAAAGCCGGGGAAGGGAGGUAGUUUAACCUCCUGGGUAUGAGAGCUGCUGAUUGUCCUUCAAAUAAAAGCUUACCAGAGAUGAAA